AUGGGUUCUCUAUCCGUAGCGCAAGACUUUAACGUUUUUACUGGCUUCUACAACACAAUCGAUGGAAAUUCAACCAAAACCGAGAAGACCAGGCAUAGCAUCAACCCAGCUACUGGAAAGCCCAAUCCGGAUGUGCCAGUCUCAACUCCAGAGGACGUUGACCAUGCCGUUGCAUCAGCAAAGAAGGCCUUUAAAACAUGGUCGAAAACUCCUUGGGAAGAACGAAAAAAGGCGGUCCUCAAAUUUGCUGAUGCUCUCGAGGCACAUACAGACGACUUUGCGAAACUCCUGACUCAAGAACAAGGCAAACCGCUUCGAUUUGCCGUUCAAGAGGUCCAGGUCGGGGUUCUCUGGAUGCGCAAACUCGCGGAAAUAGAGUUAAAAGAGGAGACGAUCGAGGAGAACGCCGAAAAACAAGUCAUCGUUCGAUAUACACCUCUUGGGAUCACAGUCGGCAUCGUCCCGUGGAAUUUCCCUAUCCAUUUAGCGUGUGGUAAGAUAGCACCGUCGUUAAUCACUGGAAAUCCUAUCAUCAUAAAGCCGUCUCCUUUUACUCCUUACUGCAACCUUAAGCUCGGAGAGCUAGGACAACGUAUCUUUCCACCUGGAGUUCUUCAAGUAUUGAGCGGCGACGACAACCUGGGUCCUUGGCUUACAUCUCAUCCCGGGCCUGAUAAAAUUAGUUUUACUGGAUCCACUACCACUGGUCGACUUGUGAUGUCUAGCGCCGCAAAGACCUUGAAGAGGGUAACUCUCGAAUUGCAAGUUAUAGUACUAUUGAACUCUCCCUGGAACUCUUUUCUAAUCCAAAAUAGGGGCGGAAAUGAUCCAGCCAUCAUUACAAAGAACGUCGACAUUCCGAAGACUGCUGAGAAGAUUGCAACCCUGGCAUUUCUCAACUCAGGUCAAAUUUGCCUCGCAAUUAAGCGAAUUUAUGUACACGAAUCGAUCUAUGAGGACUUCCGAGCCGCGAUAGUGGCCUUUACCAAGACUCUUAAGAUUGGUGAUGGAAACGAGGAAGAUGUAUUCCUUGGGCCCGUCCAAAAUGCUAUGCAGUAUGAGAAGGUCAAGACGUUCUUUUCCGAUAUUGAGAAGGAGAACUGGAAGGUAGCGGUGGGUGGUAAUAAUAAAGAGGGGCCUGGCUACUUCAUCAAUCCAACUAUUAUUGACAAACCGGCGGAAGGCUCUCGCAUUGUCACAGAAGAACCUUUUGGUCCUAUCGUACCUAUGCUCACGUGGAGUAACGAGGACGAUGUGAUUGCACGUGCAAAUGACACGAAGACCGGUCUAGGGGCGUCAGUGUGGUCUGACGAUAUGGAUGAAGCCAACCGAAUCGCGCGUCAAUUGGACGCCGGGAGCGUCUGGGUCAACACCCACAUCGAGCUGGAUCCCAAUGCCCCAUUUGGUGGCCACAAGGAGAGCGGUGUCGGAUAUGAAUGGAGUGUUGGUGGCCUCAGGGCGUUUUGUAACGUGCAAACUCUCUUCUUGAAGAAGACAGCCUGA